AUGUGCCUCUUCAGCGCGGGCGAGCUUCACGCUAUGAUGGGGGCGUCUUUUUUUCCGCGACCAGAAGAGCUUUGCGGGUGCUUCGGUUACGACGACAGCUUCAGACAAAUUCUCGGCACAGGCGAAAGAGUUUUUGAG